AUUUGGUAAGAUAUGUCUUCUCAACCAGUCCCUCCAUCGGAGAAUUCUCUUAUUCGGGAGAAAGUUCGCGGAUAUGCCCAAGAACAGCGCAAAGAAGGUCGCACUGAGGCCAAAGAUUCAUUGCGUAUUGGCCUGGGACAGAUAAAGGAAGAGUUCGCCGCGCAGGAUAAUCUGAGUGAGAAGGAUGUGCAUGGAUUGGCUACCAGGAUCAAGCGUCGAAAGCACGCCACAUCCGAGGAUCUCUUUCGUCUAGCCUUGGCGUUCCUGCAGGGUGUUGAAAACAUUAACGCCUUCGCUGCGAUUCCUGGGGCACUUCAGGUUCUGGUCAAGGAACUAACUGGGUCGGACACACAGAGACAGAUUGAUGCCGCCGAGUGCCUGUGUAACUUAUCGUUGGGUGAGGCCCAUGUUGCCGAGAAGAUUUCUAGCUUGGUUGGCAGCUACAUGGUCACAUACCUCGACGGGAAGGAUGGGCGACUGAAACGCAGCUGCUUGUGGACUCUGGCGAACAUACUGGCCACCAGCGAUAAAGCUGCCCAGCAACUUUUACAAAUGCAGAUAGUUCCCAAGCUAUGGAAGCUAUACACUGGCGAGGGAGCUUCAAAUGGGUUUCAGGAAGACGCUGGCAUAUGUCUUUAUUUAAUAUCCAAGAAUGCUGCGCAUCAUGUUAAUGCCGAGGACCGAGAGUACAUAGCCCAUCACAUAUUUUCAAUUAGGCCUGAGGAUCCGGGCAGCGAGUACCUUAUGUACAUAAUCCACCAACUGGAAAUUGUUGAGCUACACAGUGGCCUAGGGACUCAUCAGGCCGAGUGUUUGGUCAACUUCUUCAUCGCCAGCCUCGACUCACAAGCCGACAGCCUGGCUGUUUCCUACGGGGUGCGAGUAGUAGCCAAUUUAAUGGCCAUUAAUAACCCAUCACUUAUCGGAGUCCUGGCCGACGACAAUAUCUUUGUGUCUGCCUUAAACAAACUAUUUGCCCUGCGAGACCCCCGCCUCAACAUGGACCUCAUGCGAAUUCUGAGGAAUUUUCUGAACCUAAAUCUCCUAGACUCCAACCUGGUAUUAGAUCGUUUGCAGGUGUACGCUUAGGCUGUUUAAUUAAAAGUCUUUUGUAUCUCUUUAUUUAUCUGAAUUACCUAUGAAAUAUGAAUUUAAGCCCAUGGCUUAAAGAAUGUGUGAGUAUGUAGUUUUACAUAAAAAAAAUGGAACGAAAUACGAUAUUUAAAUAAAUAAGUUAUGCCUAAGAA